AUGAAACGUAGGAAGCUUAAUAACAAGGAGAGAAACCAUGGUGUUUUUACAAGCUUCGACGAUUUGAGUGAUGAUUUGAAGAUUGAAAUUCUUUGUAAGUUUCCUGCAAAGCUUCUUGCAAAACUCACGUGUGUUAGUAAGUCAUGGCAGUUUUUGAUUAUCAACUUUUGCUUUCCAAAGAUGGCAUCAAAGCUUGCAUAUACUGGACAUGUUUCAUGUGUUAAAAGAUGCAUUAAUUUUAAGGAUGUUCUUAUUGAUGAAAAGUUAAUUGCUUGGUGGAAAACAAUUGAACGGACACUCAACAAACGAGAUUUGCUUGAUUCAUGCAAUGGUUUGGUUCUAGGUUUUUACACAACCGCGCUGUAUCCUCAAUCACAAAGUUCAAGUCCAAGGUUAUGUCGUUAUUAUGUCCUCAACAUCUUAACCCAGCAAUUUGAUACUAUCACUAAGCAGCCUCAUCCAAGAACAAGUCGUUAUAAGUAUGCAGCAUUGGCUUAUGACCCUUCUAAAUCUUGUCACUAUAAAAUUGUUUAUUUUCAGGGUUUUAGUGCACUCAAUAUUUACAAUUCAAAGACUGGGGUUUGGAUUAGCUUGAAAUAUCAACAUCAACUCGAACAUCAUGUUCGUAAGGCUAACUGGGAAAAACGAUCUGUUUAUUUUGAUGGUGCAUUAUAUAGGUUAUCUAUGUCGGGUCAUCUGAUUAAGUUUAUUGUUGAUCAAGAAAUCACUGCAAGUGCAGGAGUUAAGGUCGAGUCUAUUGACCUACCUGAACGUGCCAAAAAGUCUCCGCUUGCAUGUAUUGGAGUAAACCAGGGGUUGAUAAUUGGUUUUGCCGAAUCGAAGAGUACUAUUUUGGUGACAUACAGGAGAACAAAUUGA